GGGGGUGAGGAGCGUCGGGGAGAGGAGGAUAGUCAGGGUUUAGGUACACUAAAUCUGUAUACAUAAAUUAGGGGAGUUGGCGUGAGCAAGGGGCAAAGCUCCAGAGCGGGAUACAUGAAUGAAGGUGCCAGACCGACUGAGGGAAUAAGGGAACAUGGAUUGGGAACAAGUACUCCGAUUGGAGAAUGGCAAGAUUGAGCGGUUGGAGGUGAGUGGCUUAGCUCAGACCCCCCAGGCAGUGUCGUGUGGGGAGGAUGGGUCUUUCUCUGGGGGUGACGAUGGCACCCCGGACCCCCAGCGCACCAAGCAGGCCAUCGCUCAGCUGCAGCAGAAAAUCCUGAAGCUCACCGAGCAGAUCAAGAUUGAGCAGACGGCCAGAGACAACAACGUGGCCGAGUACCUCAAACUGGCCAACAACGCUGACAAGCAGCAGAGUGCCCGCAUCAAACAGGUGUUUGAGAAGAAGAAUCAGAAGUCAGCCCAGACCAUCCAGCAGCUGCAGAGGAAGCUGGAACACUACCACCGCAAGCUGAGGGAGGUGGAGCACAACGGCAUCCCUCACCAGUCCAAGGACGUCCUCAGGGACAUGCAGCAAGGACUAAAGGGUGUGGGGGCAAAGGUCACAGGCUUCAGCGAAGGUGUGGUGGACAGUGUCAAGGGAGGCCUCACCAGCUUCUCCCAGGCCACGCACUCUGCUGCCGCCGGAGUCGUCUCCAAGCCCCGAGAGAUCGCCUCGCUGUUCCGCAACAAGUUUGGCAGCGCCGACAACAUCCCCGGGCUGAAGGACUCCUUGGAUGACCCGUCAUGUGUUGAGGAGGGUUUGAUGGGGGCUGGGGGGAGGUCUCUGGGCCUCGCAGGCCACCACCACCUGCAGUCCAGUCCCAAGUACGGUAGCGAGGAUGACUGCUCCAGCGCUACCUCAGGGUCGGCAGGGGCCAACAGCACGACUGGGGCCCCCGGAGGGCCCCCCAGCUCCAUGGGGAACACCCUGGAGAGGAGCCAGAGCUCCAGCCUGGACAUGCUGCUGCAGGAAGUGCAGGAGCUGAGGGAAGGCCAGGGGAGACAAGAGGAGAGUCUGGAGGUACUUAAGAGCCACUAUCAGAAGAACUACACUGUCAUCAUGCAGACUCUACAGGAGGAACGAUUCAGGUGUGAGCGUCUGGAGGAGCAGCUGAAUGAUCUGACAGAGCUUCAUCAGAAUGAGAUCCUAAACCUGAAGCAGGAGCUGGCCAGCAUGGAGGAGAAGAUAGCCUACCAGUCCUACGAGAGAGCCAGAGACUCACAGGAAGCCCUGGAGGCGUGUCAGACACGUAUCUCUAAGAUGGAGUUGCAGCAGCAACAGCAGCAGGUGGUCCAGCUAGAGGGCUUAGAAAAUGCCACGGCCCGGACACUGUUGGGGAAGCUCAUCAACGUCCUCCUGGCCCUCAUGGCCGUGCUCCUGGUGUUUGUCUCCACCAUAGCCAACUGUGUGAUCCCCCUGAUGAAGACCCGCUCCCGGUCCUUCUCCACCCUCCUCCUCAUACUGCUCUUCGCCUUCAUCUGGAGGAACUGGGACGCGCUGUCGGGCUGCUGCACGCACCGCGCCCUGCAGCCACCCAGAUGACCACAUGGAGAGGUGUGGUUCUAUGACUAUGCAUGGGGGUGGAGCUCUGUCCACACACACACACAAGAAGCAGGAUCGGCCUAACUGCCAAUGGGAUGUGGUGUUUGUGUUGACGGACACCGAGGAAUGAGCCUAUCUGUUGAGCUCAGUGAGGUGGGACUGAGGAGAAAGUCAGGGAAGGAGGGAAGAUGAGAAUACCACUCAAUUCUGACAUUCAUUUAGGAAGAAUGAGACUUUGUUUACAUUUUUGGAGAUCAGAAAUAUUUUUUUUUCUUUCACAGGAUGCAUCCUGAUACUGUUUUAUUUCCUAGGAAUAAAUCAAGUAUAUUAUUGUCGUUAUUAUUAUUUCUAAUAUUAUUCUUUUUAUUUUAAUUUUUCUUAUUCAGUACCAUGUAGCGUUAAGCUCCUCCCACUCUGCACAAAGAGGAGCUGUCAGGAAACUGAUUGGAAGUUCACCUCAGGCUCAGGCCCUCUGCAGAGAAAUGCUAUUCUGAUUGUCUGCCUUUCAGGAAGAAAGUGCUCUACCUGGCUGUUAUGGGUAGAAUAUAAAAAGAUGAAUGAAUGCCCUCGCACUUUUCCCCACGCGAUGGCUUGAUUCUGAGAUCAGAAGGAACCUUUCUACCGAGGACUUUUUGUUUCCCGGACAAUACUUUGAGUGUCACGCCUAGAGACUCCUCGUGCUUCCGUACAUCCUUUUCAAUUAAGAUAGGUGAUAUCAUGAAUGAUAAUGACUUCUAGAGUGUGGCAACAGCUUAGACAAGAGGGAGGGUUUAACAGUUAGUGCCAUUCGCCACAGAGCCACCAGAGACCAAAGGUACAAAUAAGGCCACUUUGCAGGAAAUGUGGAGUUGCCAUGAUACUGCUUUUUACUGGUGCCCACCCAUUGUGUCAGCUGAAGUCCAUGUUGAAAAGGAAUGCUGCUUUUGCCAGACAAAGACAACUGUAUCCACUGCCAUGCUACUGUUGUUCGAUGCGCUGCCUGUAUCACGAAUGUGACUCUCUCCAUCACUUACAGUUCUCUCUCUCCCUUUCACUCUCUUUUUAUCCCCAUGUUUCCACCAAUAUUCAUUCUGUCCUAUGUGCCAAAACUCUCCCGUUGCACCUGGUUAAUAAAUAGGGAGGUUUUUAUGUUCUUUCUUUCUUUGGUAUGUAAAGAGAAAAGACCCAGCGCAGGUCAUAUAGCCUUGUGGGGAAUAGAGGCAAAAUGUCAAUUACACCCUAUUCCCUUUAUAGUGGGAACACUUUCACUGUGUAUAAUAGAGAAUAAUGUGCCAUUUGUGAUACAAAACAUACAGUUCUCUUCGAUGAUCAGCCAAUUGUACAUACGGCCUACUUGUAUGUCUCACCUUGGAUUUGAGGUGUAUGACAAAUAAUAUUAGCCUGGUUCCCAGAUCUGUUUGUGCUUUAUUAGCCAACUCCUCUGAUUCAUGGUCAUGACAUUGCAGAAGAAUUGACUAAACAAAGCAUACACUGAUAUGGGACCAGGCUAGAAUAUACCUUCUUAACAAGGCCACUUCUGCUAAUGAUCUGAUGUGUGUUUCCUAAUCUGGGUCCUUGAUUACUGUUGAAUAAUGCUGGCUCUCAAUCCAUUUUAUCCUCCCAUUCAUCUGUUCAAGGUCCUUCAGUCGACCUAGCUGACAUGAAUGAGUCCAUCUGAAGUCCACUCUGCAGCUCCAUUAGGAGCUUGUUUGAAGAUAAUAACCGAUAUUGGGAAUUGCGUUCUGGGACAAGGAUGGAGGAACACUACAUUUCUUCCUAUACAUAGCCCUCUCUGGCGGCUUAGGCCUAUGUUCAGGAUCAUUGAACAUAUUUAAACAAGAAACUGCACUGAAUUUGUGUCUUGAUCUUGUGUCUUGAUCUUGAACUUGCCACAGGUGAAUGGCUCCUGAGUUUACUUCUGACUUUGGUGUGACCUUGCCGUGUCCUCUCUGGUGUUUGGUGGGGUAGGUUUGUGUGCUAAACCACUCGAGUGCCUUCUGAUGUCCUUUUCUAAGUGUGGGACAAUAAAAGUGAAUUCCUGAUUAA